ACGGCCCCUGGGCCCCAGGUUCUUAGACCCCGGAUACUUUUCGUAUGCACGUUUAAAAUAAGAUUAAAAAAACCCCGCCCAGAGAAGCCUCACUAAUUACAGGAUAUAAUGCUCAGACCACGACAUUCGUUUUGCAGGGGAUGUCUCAGGCCCAGCAGGUGCCCGUCAUAGCAUACGGGGCCAUUGUCCGAAACGUCGCCUAUGUGUGGGGUUUUUGUUCUUUGUUUUGUGCCUGUGCACCAAUGCCAGCAGAAGCGCAUCGACACCCGAUCGUGUGAAUUAAUCUUGGACAUCCGGUGUAAGUUGCGCCGUUGUAGGCACCCCCCCCCCCUUGAUUGAGCAAAUGGAAUAGCCCGCGUCGAUCGACUCGCUCGUCUCGCCGGACCGUACCAACUCGGGCCUUGCGGGCGGAGAGGGGGGUGAUGGGGAGUCUUCUUCUCUCAUAGCGCGUCUGUCAGCCACGGUUCCUCGACUGCAUUUGUUUUGUCCACAAAUCGUGAGGCCACUGCCCUUGCGGCUGUUCCGCGAAGAUGGACGACCAGACCCAGGAUGGCGUCGCCGUGCCAGACGCGACGGCGGUGGUGGUGGUGGAGGAGAAGGAGCAGGAUGGGGUGGUGGUCGAGGAGCAGGAGGAGGUGCCGUCCGAGGAGGUGCUGCGCCUACGGCGGGAGCUCGCCAGCGCUCGCGAGGUCGCGCGCAGCAGCGAGAUGAAAUGUCGUCAGCUGCAGGUGCUGCUAGAGGAGGAGCAGUUCCAGUCGGCGCAGAAGGCAGAGGGCUACCUGCGGCAGAUCCAGAGCCUGCAAGCCGAGCUGCGCGCCGUGGGCCAGGAGAUGGAGGAGCUCCGCGAGCACCGCGAGGGAGCCAUCUCCGCCGAGCGUGACGGGGCCGCCACCGUCGAGGACGAGAUGGCGGCGCUGAGCGCCACCGCCGAGCAGGUGUCGGCCGAGCAGGAGGCCGACAUCGCCGAGCUGCAGGAGGAGCUGGAGCGGGCUCGGAUGGAACUCGAGAGAGCGUGCGGCUCCACUCGCUCGGCACCACCGGGAGAUAGCGAGGAGACCCAAGUGGACGAGCAGGUCGCCCAGCUGAGAGAGUACUUUGAGCGCGCCGAGAGGGAGUGCCAGCGGCUGAAAGCGGAGUUCCAGAGAGCGCAGGACGAGAAGUCGGAGCUCAGGGGACAGCUCGCACAACUCAAGCUAGAUCUACUCAGCACGAAGGAGCGGAACACGCAGCUGUGCUCCGAGGUGGCGGAGCUGCGCGCCGACACGGAGCGCGUGGACAGCUCGGCCGGGCUCGGUGACGCCAGCGAGAGGGAGGGCGAGGGCGACGGCCCCGGCAUGGAGCUCAGCGACAGGGACGGGGCCUCGGGCACGGAGCUCCGCAACAGGCUGCGUGCCACGCGCGAUCGCGCCCAGUUCAUGCAGGAGGAGUACAGGGACAGCCGUGCGCGCGUUGUCGAGUGGCAGGAGCGCUGCCAGUGGAGCGAGAACGACCGCGAUUGGCUGGGCUCCGAGCUGCAGCGCUGCCACGAGCUGCUCACCUCGCUCGAGGGAGACGACGACUCCAGCCAGAAACCGUGGAUCAAACGUAUCCCCAUGCUGGCCAUAGUGAUCGCAGUUGCCAUGGCGACGGUGAUCCCAAGGAUCAACAAGUUGAUGUCGUGAACGCUGCAAUCAAAAGCUGGCCAUCGGGAUCCUCGCUCCAGGAUCUGGUGGCUCCAGCAUCCGGCCUUCGGUAUCGGCGACACACGGAAGUAUAGUCCCCGUGUCGGGAUUUUCUGCACGCUAGACAAUUGUCGCCUCUUUCUUCGUGUGUGCGUGUGAUGCUAACAAUGUGUUUGAGAAAUUAUAAGACGACUUAAUUGUGAAUGGUUGUGCGCAAUCGCUGGGUGAAGCGGAAUUAUCAAUCUUGUUCACGCGUUGGAACGUGGUGCGGCUCACGCGGGCAAGGGAGCGUUCCGAGAAUCACAGUGUUUUGUUGAUCCGAAUAACUUUUUUUUAAAUAUAUAAACUUCUCAAUGUCAGAGCUCGGCGAGGAGCAUAGCUCUGCUGGCUGCCGUACACGAAAACAGGAAGACACGCAGGCAGACGACACGCGGACCACGGGACAUAUAUGGACGGACACGCAAGACCACAGGCACACAGAUGAUGCGUCGGCUAAAGUGUCAGCUGUAUAGAUGCAGACGACAAAUGUAGAGACACGAUAGAUUGCUAUACAGACAGACACGCAGAGACAAGCAGACCACUGCAGUGACAGGUAAACAGUCACACAGAGCACUCACAGAUUAACAGUGACGAGUAACACACAGACCAGAGAGACACGCCGACGUCGUGACAGAUAGAUAGUAAUAGGCGCACAAUGAAAUACAGACAGUCGCACAGACCAUAGGCAUGCAGAUGAAAUGAUGGACGUGAAGACAGAU